UUUUUUAGACAAAUACCUAAUUAUUCUUCCAAAAAAACAUACAAAAUGACUCAAUUCCUUCCUGACAAUUUGCUUGGAUUGUUCGCGCCACGUCCUCCUAUUCAAUAUAAACCACCACCUGAUGACCUUUUUAUCAAUCGAAAACACAUUCCAAUAAAUGGAGUUGCGGAGUACGCUCAACAAUUUGAGGACCCUAAGGAUGCCCCACCAAAGGUUCGUAUUGAAACUCGUGACGAAAAAAGGAUUCGCAAACGAAAAGAGAGGCAAGAACUUAUGGCUUAUAAAAUUGAACAGGGAAUUGCUACAUGGACACCAGCAGAUAAUCCUAAAGCUACUGGUGAUCCAUACAAAACGCUUUUUGUUUCAAGAAUUAACUAUGAAACUUCUCAAUCUAGACUGAAGCGAGUGUUUGAAAAAUUGAAUUAAUUCAUGAUUUGAAUGGAAAGCCGCGUGGUUAUGCUUUUAUUGAAUAUGAGCACAAAUCGGAUAUGGCAGUUCACCACGGAUUCUCAUUUUUAACUCUUGUCUUCUUUAUGUAGGUUUGUCAAG